AAAGUACCUGAAGGGACCAACGUUUUGAGGUUAUGUCUAAACAAUGUGAAUUGUUUAUAUUUUAAUCUACAGACUAGACGAAUUGGUAACUUUGCAAUAUUCCGAAUCCGUCACCGCCCCCAUGGAGUCCACUCUGGUCAACGUACAUGGCUGUAAAAUUUGCCCAUACGUUACAACGUCGUUUUUUCUGAUGAUGAACCACAUUCGCCGUCAUCAGUCGCCUUUGGUACCUUUUAACUGCGAAAACCCCCUUGAUUCUUACCAUUGCAAACACUGCAGUUUUCAAACGGAACUAACGCUGCUUUUCAAGCAACACACUAGAGAACAUCAUGGAAUUAAACACGAAAACGACGAUUUAAUUGUGCAACACAAAAAUCAAAAAUACGUUUGUGUAAAGUGCGGAUUUGAGACGCAUUUUUUGCUUAAAUGUUUAUGUCACAUUCGAGAGUGUCAACAGUCUAAAGAACAACCAAAUUCGAAACGGCAUAUUAACGCACGACAUUGGAACAAAUGCCAACAGGGUCCGGACAAGACUAGAGAUUGUUCGAACUUAAGGAGUGACGUAAGAAGCCAGCAUUCGGAUGAGAAAAGUAUCACGUGGUAUCAGUGCAAUGAGUGUCCAGUUAAAACAAGAGACAAGAGGGUUUUGCAGAAACACGUGAAAGCGCGACAUUCCAAUGGACACGGGGACAUUAAAUGGUACAAUUGUGAAAAAUGCCAAUUCAAAACCAAAUACCGAUCUGGUUUAAAUAGACACAUGAAUACGCUACAUUUGGACGAAAGCGAAAUAGAGUGGCACCACUGCACUCAGUGUCCUUACAAGUGCAAAGUGAAAGGCAGUUUGCAAAGACACAUUAACACACAGCAUCUGGACGACCAGGACGCGAAAUGGUACGAAUGUAAACAGUGCUCUUUUAGAUAUAAAAACCACAAAUCCUUGAGGAGACAUGUUAACCGUUGUCAUUUGGACGAAAAGGACGGCAUGUGGUAUGAAUGUCAACAGUGUCCAUUUAAGACUAGAGAUUGGUCGAUCCUAACGAACCACGUGAAAUUCGUGCAUUUCGAUGGAUGGUAUGAUUGUGAAAAGUGCCAAUUCAAAACCAAAUACCCUCGUUCUUUAAAGGAGCAUAUUAACGCACGGCACCUGAACGAUCGGGACGUGAAAUGGUACCCAUGCACAUAUUGUGCACACAAAACUAAGAAUAGUUCGAAUUUAAAAAACCACAUAAAAAGGCACCACUUGAAAGCGAAAAUUGACCAUUUAAUAGCAGACAAAAAUCGGGUUUGAUACUACAUGUGAAGUGUAAACAAAGUGUAUGCAGACUUUUAGACUUUUUGGAACGAAGUUCCUUACGGCAGGCUUGGAGGAGAUAGGGAUUUUGCUACGCGACCGAACUGAAACAAAUGUGAUCCUAAAACCGUAAGAAAAACUCCG